CUGGUGUACAACUUACUUGACCUAUGUAUAGUGGAGUUAUUCCCGGAAUUGAGAAGCCCUGAGAGCAGUCCGUCGGGAAAGCCAAAGAGUUGAGAAUACGCGGAAGAUUAUUUAUUGUGUAUAAAGACUAUUUAGAAUUUCUAUAAUUCGGACUAUUUCUCAAUAAAAUAUGUUUCGUUCAAAAUGACAAGCUCACUUAGCACAAGUACACAUAUUGUUUAUUUUUUUAUCGAGUUAUAGAAGUUCUGCUGAUAAUUUAUUUUAUAUUUAUAACGGCUUUGCAUUUUGUUUAAAUUGCAAGUAAACACAUACGUCUUGUAGAUCCAACGAUUUUGCGUAAUUUUAUUAUAUAUAUAUAGUUAUAAAUACCGUAUAACAUUAAAUAUAUUUUUGUAUUAUCUCAAAAUAGUAAUAUCAACCGUGAUAUGGCUCGAUUAUUUUCAGAUAAAUAUAAGUUAAAUUUAAUUUUUCGGUGAAUAAAUUGUAAUUCAUAUAUUGCGGCCAUAAAACAAUUUAAUCGAGCCAUUAUCGACGUUCGAGGUUGUAGUAAUAAGAAUUGUGAAGACCAUUAAAUAUUUUUAAACAUUCAAAUGUUUAUAAUGUAGAGCAAACACGAGAGAAUAAACUAUUUUGAUUAUCGUACAAUUAUUUGUUUUUCAUUAAAUCAUGAGCAUUAAUAAAACGAUGUGAAAUUUCCGUACGCAUUGAUGUUUCCGAACGCAGGAAACAGUCCUUAGUUUUGUAUUGCAAGUAAUAAAUUUACCCCACAGUUUAAGCGUAAACUUUUUGAAAUAAUAAGUAAAUCUGUGUGUUGAAAGUGAAAAGUUUACGUGUUUCAUUAUUUGUUUAUUUAAGCUGAGGUCUAAGUACUUUGUUUGUCUAUAAAAAUGUUGCCUACGUGAUUUGUUAUUUGUGUCUCGUGUUAUUUCAUCAUCAUCAUUUUAUUUAUUACAAUUAAAAAUGAACUCCGAUUCUUAAUGUGUUUUUUAUAUUAUUGCGAUAACAGAAUUCCACAAAACGUUUUAUCCUGUAACUUGUAAGAAAAAAAAUACUAUACCAAUAUUUACGUCACAAGUCAUGACAUACGAGUCUGUAGUGGAGCUUGGUGGGGACACGUUGGUAACCCUAAGAAGCAAAUGUCAAAUUUAAUUUACAGUGGAAAGUAAAAGGCAAUGGGUGUGUUGUUUUGUGUUUGUUUCUAAUUUUAGAUAAUUACGAUUUAGUGAAAUAAAAAAUAAAAUUACUUGUGCUUCAGUAUUCAUUAUCCGUUUUGUAACUAAAAUAUCACGUAAAUAUAACUGUGUCUAGCAGAAUAUAUGAAGAUUGUUGUUUGUCGUUAUCAACAAUAAAAAAAAAAGGGAAAUAAACAAUUGAACUUAUCAAUGUUAUGUUUUUGUCAUGUGUUAAAUGUGCAAGGACAAUAAUUAGGACUUUUUAAUUAACUAAUUAAUUAAUUUACUAUAAUGGCUGUUUAUACAUACAAUGACCAUAAAAAUGGAUGCGUUAACUGAACAUAUUUGUGUUGUUCGAUAUUUGAAUUCGCAAUGUCGUCUCCGUGCAAAAAAGGCGGGAUGCGUCUUAGCGAGGCAUUGGAUAACAUGCAACUUGCAUACAACCCCAUAACAAAACAAUUACACUUUGUAAGUCCAAAAAUUGUGAAAUCUUCAGAAAAUACAGCAGACGACGUUGAUAAAUUAUCAAAGAAGAGCAGUUUCAGUGAUGAAGGCAAUUUUUCUAUAUCCACUUGUGAGAAAAGUGAUACUAGUGAUUCGCCCAAAAGCACCCUUCAGUGGGGUAGUGUCAAUGGUCACCAGCGAGGAAAAGAUGGUGGUUCAUUCUCAAGCACUGUAUCAAGCUUGUCGGAGUGUUCUUUGGGGUCAGGAGCAUCUAAAGAAGAUGAGGUACCUGAUGUUGCUUCUGCAGAACAGGACCACACAAAAUUAAAGAAGAAAGGAUUGUCAGGAUUUUUUAGCAG